AUGCGUCGUGCUACUGUUGAUGAUGAGCCACUUAUACCCAUCCCCCGUGAUCAAGAUGUUGAAGUUGCUAAGAAGGGUGACAAGCCUAAGAUAGGCAAUGCAUGUGCGAGGACAUACAAGGGCAAGAAAGGAAAGGAUGACUCGGUGGUGGAAGCAGAGGACGAGCCCCAACCAAAUAAGAGGCCGCAGAGGGAGAUUAGGCCAUCUAAUCUUGUCACUUCUCCAUUCACUGCAGGGACAAAGAUAGAUACCGUAGUGGCUCCGAAAAAGAAGAAAAAGAAUUGA